CAUCUCACUAUUUGUUUUUCACAGAAAAGGAAGAAAUGUAUCUCAUGAGGCAAACGACAACAUGGCGUUUGAGAUGAUUCAAAACGGAGAUAGAGCAUACACAUCUCUCAAACUCGGUCCAUCCCACUCUCCCAUCAUUGCUCCUGAAAACCUGACGUUCUUCACCAGACUCGGUUCGAUUGGACGGGGUGACUUCGGUGGGGUAUGGAAGGGAGAACUCCGCUCGAAUCAAAGUCAAGUAGACGUCGGUAUAAGGCAGAUUCCAGAUCAAGUGACCAAAUCAAAUAACGUUCUUGAAGCUGUGAAGGUCCUUUCUGAGCUACCGGAUCAACCGAAUGUUGUCAAGUGCCUCGGAUAUUGUCAAGAACAAGGUAGCAUUAUGUAUGAGUUCAUCUGUGGGGGUACCCUACUUACCCAUCUACAGACCACAGGGGUGCAAUCCCAGCCCACAUACAGCAAUCUCAAACCAAAGAGGGUUCGUAUCGAUGAAGCUAGUCUACUCAACCUGGCUUGGCAAAUCGCAAAAGGGAUGCAGUAUCUUGCAUCGAAGAAGAUCGUCCAUGGAACUCUCUGCGCUCACAAUGUGUUACUAGGCGGUAGAAAGCAAUGCAAGCUAUCAGAUUAUGGACUAUCUUCAUCACUAUUUAGCGCCAGAGGUAAACCAACAAGAUGGAGUUCGCCUGAAACCAUGGUUACUGGCGACCCAUCAACAGAAGCAGAUAUCUGGUCUUUUGGUAUCGUCUUGUGGGAAAUUGUGACAUUAAGUGAACAAAUUAAUGUUAAUAUCACAUAUAAUUUUGUGUACCAUCGUAAAGACCCUAAAGUCAUUCACAUAGGAAGCCUUAUAAGCGUUACAGCUGUUCUUCAUCAGGGCCCUCCCAUUAUUAUUACCAUUGCCAGGUGCAAGGCCAUACCCUAG